AUAACCAUUAAAACACCUUUUGUCUUACAACAUUCAUCAAUUAUUUCCCAUUUCCAACAAAUGGCAAAAAUCAUAGAAAUUUUCAAUGUCUCACCAUCUUCACCACAAGAACUACCUUCACAAACUUCACUUCCUCUUACAUUCUUUGACAUACUAUGGUUAAGAUUACCACCUGUUCAAAGAAUCUUCUUCUAUGAAUUUCCACACCAGCCUUCUCUUUUCUUCAACACCCUUCUUCCCAAACUCAAACAAUCUCUUUCUCUUGCACUUUCUCACUUUUAUCCUCUUUCAGGUCAUCUCAUAUGGCCUCUUGACUCUCACAAACCAAUCAUCAAGUACAUCAAAGGAAACUCUCUUUCACUCACUGUAGCUGAAUCUGAUGCAGAUUUCAAUCUUCUAUCAGGUAAUGAUCUUUGUGAAGCUACAAAAGUUCAUCAUCUUUUAUCUAACUUGAAUAUCUCACAUGAUCAUGCUUCUAUUCUUGCGCUUCAAGUUACUCUUUUUCCAAACUAUGGUUUUUCAAUUGGUGUCACUUCACAUCAUGCUGUUUUAGAUGGUAAAAACUCAACUUCUUUUAUCAAAUCAUGGGCUUAUCUAUGUAGAAACCUUGAAUCAAUAUCCGAAUCAACGCUUUCGUUGCCGAACGAAUUUCGGCCUUUCUAUGAUAGAAAAGUUAUCAAUGAUCCAGAUGGAUUAGAAGCUAAAUACUUGAGUGCUUGGUUAAAGCAAGGUGGAACAAACAACAGAAGCUUAAAGGUUUGGGAUCUUGAAGUUCCAGAAGAUUCAGUUAGAGGGUUGUUUCAAUUAUCUAGAUUGGAUAUCGAAAAGCUCAAAAAAUUUGUAGUGUCAAAACAAAAGGGUGCUAGGAAUGAGAAUGAAAAUCUUCACUUGUCAACUUUUUUGGUAUCUAUUGCAUAUGCAUGUGUAUGUAGAGUGAAAGCAGAAGAGAUUAAGAACAAAAAUGUUAUCAUUGCUUUGAAUAUCGAUUGCAGGAAUCGGUUAGAUCCGCCGAUUCCUGCAACAUAUUUCGGAAACUGUAUAGGAGCAAGACUUGCAGUUGUUGAAACAAGUGAGAUAUUGGGAGAAGAUGGACUAAUUGUGGUUGUUAAACUUUUAAGUGAGGCUUUGGAAACUCUAAAAGAUGGAGUGUUGAAUGGAGCUGAAGAUUGGUCUUCAUGGUUACUUGAUGGUGUUGCCAUUGCUGAUGUUAAAACUAGUGGUACUGCUGGUUCACCUAAGUUUGAGGUUUAUAGCACUGAUUUUGGGUGUGGAAAACCAAAAAAAGUUGAAAUGGUUUCUAUUGAUAGAACUGGUGCAAUUUGUAUUUCUGAUUGUGGAAAUGGUGAUGGUGUUGAGAUAGGUAUUGUGGCUAAGAAGAAAGCUAUGGAAGCUUUUGCUUCUCUCUUUGUCAAUGGGAUUACAUCUUGAGUUCCUUAUAAUUUGAAGUGUUAUAAUUCUGAAUAAUUUGAUAAUUUUAUAUAGUAUUUUGCAGUUAGAA